GAUACCGGGAGCACUGGAAUGGGUGGCAUGGAGAGCACCGGGAAUGGCCGGCAGGAAGAGCAGUGGGGAUGUCUGGCUGCCACAGGGAGCACCGGGAAUGGCCGGCACCGAGAGCACGGAGGAUGGACGGCACUGGAGAUGGCUGGCACUGAGAAUGGCCAGCACUGGGAGCACCAGGAACAGCUGGCACUGAAAAUGGCCGGCACUGGGAACACCGGGAAUGGCCGGCUGGUACGGGAAGCACCGCCGGGCGCUGGGAGCCGGCGGGCCGGGCUCGCCCAGCCGUGGGCAUCAUUCCAAGGGCAUUUGUCCGGCGCCGGGGCUGGAGCCCCCGCCGGAGCAGGGCUGAGCUCGCCAGGGCAGGAGGAGGCUGUGCCAUGGAUUUUCCUCCUCUGCUCUGCACCGUGUCCCCCCAAUGCCUUGGGGGUCCAAGAGUCCCCCCAGGGGGGCCACAUCCAUCGUGGUGCUCCCCAUGGUCCCCCCUUUGCCCCCCGACAUUCCGGGGUUGGGCUUGGGGAUUUUUCCCUUUUCCUUUGCAUUAAUAAGCAAAACCCCCCAAAACCCCCUGAUCCGAGGUUGGCCCUGACCCCAGGGGUGGCAGGUCCCCAGGGAGGGGUCCCCCCGCAGCCCCGGGGUCUGACCCCUCCUCGCCUUAAAUCUGGGGCUGUCCCACCUGGGGGGGUCCCCUGCCUGUCCCACAGAGCCCCCCCCUAUUCCCCAGGGGGUUGGUGGUCCCGGGGGAUGCCGGUGGUGGGCUCAGACCCAGCCGCAGCCCCCCAUUCCGAGUGGAUCCCGGCCCUUCCCGAGGGCUCCGUCCCUGUACAUACAGCGCUAUACUGUGAGCGGUUUUUUUUAUGUAUUGUUGAGAAUGGAUUUUAUGGAAGGGUUUAUCUUAUUUUUAUUUUAUUUUUAUUUUUUAGACUAGGAAGCUGGAAUCUCGCAAUAAGCUCAUCUCGACCAUCCAAAAAAAAAAAACAAACAAACAAACAGAUAAAAAAAAAAAACCACCAAAAAAAAAAAACAAAAAAAAGAAAAACCCACAAUAAAAAAAUCGCAUUCCCUGCUGUCCCUGUCCCUGUCCCCGUGUGUCCAGACCAGGUCGUGGUUCCUGAAGGUGACAAAAGCAUUGUGUUUAUGGGGGGAUGAGGGGGGUACCCACUGGGCUCCGACACGGAGCCAACAGCACCCGCCUGGCCUUCGGUCUGUGUUUUAUAUAUAUAUAGAUUAUAUAUAUAAAUAUCUAUAUUGUGUACAGCGACUGUGGGAGAGUGGAAGGACGGAGGCGGUGGCGGGGGCAGGGCUGGGGGUCCCCCAGAGCAGCCCCCCCUCCUCAGCAAUGUCCCUCCGUGCUGGUCCCCGUUGUGCCUCGCUCCGUCCUUCGACAUUCCGCUUUCGUCCUCGACGUCGUGCUGAUGGUAACCGGAUCUAUCACCCCCCCCCAUUUGGAUUCUGUAUUUUUUUAUAAUAAAAUGCAAAUAAAUGUC